AUGACGCGUACUAAUGACGCGCCAAAGCCUUUUACUCGGAAAGCAAAUAAGAAAGAGAGAGAGAUAGAGAGAAAGAUAGAGAGAAAGAAAGAAAAGAAAAGAAAAUGGAGAAUCUUAGGUCUUCUAAGACUUCAUGUGAUUAGAGGUGUGAAUCUCGCCAUUAGAGAUUCAUCAAGCAGCGAUCCUUAUGUCAUUGUUCUGAUGGGAAAACAAAAGCUACGAACCCGUGUAAUGAAAAAGAAUUUGAAUCCAGAAUGGAACGAAGACUUGACACUUUCUAUUACUGAUCCAAUUCUUCCUAUUAAGAUCAUGGUUUACGAUAGGGACUGGUUCUCAAGGGAUGAUAAGAUGGGAGAUGCGUUUUUUCACAUUGAUCCGUUCCUUGAAGCAAUCAGAAUCCAAAACCAGCUUGGAGGACUCCCCGAUGGGACCGUAAUAAUGAAGAUACAAGCCAGUAGGCAGAACUGUCUAUCAGAAGAGAGCAAGAUUGUGUGGCACAAAGGAAAGGUUGUUCAGAAUAUGUUCCUUAAGCUCCAGAACGUUGAGCGCGGUGAGGUCGAGCUUCAGCUUGAGUGGAUUGAUGUCUCAGGCCUUCUGAGUAUAAAGGAGAAUGAGGAUGUCGCUUACUAGAUUACAGGCUCCGCUAUGCUAUGUUUAAAAAAAAAAAAGUAUAUUAGCUAUGAGGAAGAAAAAAAAGAAAAGAAUCUUUCCAAAUGGCUAAUUUCUACAACUUUUGAGUUGAGUAAGAAUCUUAGAAUUAGAUCAUGCUACAUUACUACAAUCUGGUUUAGUCAAGAAAUAUAUGUCGAUAGAAAA